CCCAAAGUGACCCUUUCUUUCCUGGCAACUUCCAAGCGCCCCCCUGGAGAUGCAUCUCAUUUUUCUAGUGAGAACCAAUGAAGGGGGUCGUUGACCAGCAAUCUUGAGUUUGUUAAGGGGCUACUUGAGAAUCACAUUAGGCUGUCGAUCUUGUGCUUGUUGAUGGCUUCUUCUUCUUCAUCUGUUCCUGAUUGCAAAUACGAUGUCUUCUUGAAUUUUCGAGGCGAAGACACUCGCAAGACCUUCAUCGGCCAUCUCCACAAAGCUCUGGUUCGGAACUCAAUCAACACCUUCAUUGACGCUGAAGAGCUCAGAAAGGGCAACGGCCUUUCGCAGCUACUGACGGCUAUAAGCGACUCGAGGCUUUCGGUUGUAGUUUUUUCUCCAAACUACGCUUCUUCCACAUGGUGCUUGAAAGAACUCGUCCAAAUCCUGCAGUGCAUGGAUCAGAAGAAGCAGAUUGUGAUUCCCAUCUUCUACGAAGUAGACCCAGCUGAUGUUCGUAAAAUCAAGGGAAGUUUUGAGGAAGCAUUUUCUAAACAUGAACAUGAUCCUAACGCCGACAUGGAAGAAGUGCAGCGGUGGAGGUCCGCUUUACAAAGAGCCCCCGAUUUAUGUGGCUGGGAUUCACAAAAUUACCAGGAUGAUGCCAAGCUUGUUGAGUUGAUUGCAGAUGAUAUUUUUAAGAAAGUGAUCAACAUCCCAUCAAGUGAAAAGAAUGGCUUGGUUGGAAUGGAUUCCCGCUUAAAGAAAAUGGAUUCACUAUUAUGUCCCGAGGUUGAUAACGUUGGCUUUGUUGGAAUAUGGGGUAUGGGCGGUAUAGGCAAAACCACCAUCGCUAGAGCUGUGUAUGAUAAAAUCAAUCAUCACUUCGAAGGUCGUUGCUUUCUUGAAAAUGUGAAGCGACGUUUUCCCUCAACUGAUGCAGGUGAAGCGCCACUAGAUAUGCAGGCAGAAAUUCUAUCUAGUAUCACAGAUAUGAAGGUGGGGAGUUCAGAGAUUUUGAGAAAUGGUUUUCAGAAGAUGAUGGAAAGAGUUGGUAAGAAAAAAGUUUUACUUGUUCUGGAUAAUGUGGAGAGUUCAUCCCAAAUUGAAGCCUUAAUUGGAAAGCAACCUUCAUUUGGUGGCGGAAGUCGAAUCAUUAUAACAACUAGAGAUAAACAGUCACUAAGUAGACUUGGUGAUCAGAUAUAUGAGGCCGAGUUGUUAAAUGACGAUGAUGCUCUCAAGCUGUUUAGGCAGUAUGCUUUGAGUACAAAGCAACCCACAGAAGAAUACAUUGAUCUGUCGGGCCAUUUCAUAAAAUAUGCUCAAGGUUUGCCUUUAGCACUCAAAGUCUUGGGAGCAUUUCUCUUUGACAAAAGUGUACUUGUGUGGAAAGAUGAGUUAAAGAAAAUAGCGAGAAACCCGCACCCGGGAAUCCAAAAAGUCCUUAGAACAAGCUAUGAUGGACUAGAUGAUUUGCAGAAGGAAAUAUUUCUUGAUAUUGCAUGUUUCUUUAAACAAAUGAAGAAAGACUUGGCAACAAGGAUUAUGGAGGGUUGUGACUUCCAUCCCCAUACCGGAUUAGACGUUCUAGUUGGUAGAGCUCUUGUCACUAUCUCAUCUGAUGGUGUACUCGAGAUGCAUGAUUUAAUAGAGGAAAUGGGUCACCAAAUCGUACGCCAGGAAUAUAUAAAGGAGCCUGGAAGGCGCAGCAGAUUGUGGAGCUGUGAAGAUGUUCAUUAUGUGCUAAAUAAAAAAAACGCUAUGGAAGCAGUUGAAAGCAUAAUUGUGCAAUGGCCACACUCAAACAAUGUGGUGGAAUUAGAUAUCGCCCUUGCUCAAAUGCCAAAACUAAGACUACUCAGAGUCCAUACCCACUGUUUACUACCAGAGGGCGAGCCGGCCGAUGAUCACUGGCAAUACGAGAAUCUAAAGUUUCUCUCUGAAAAACUAAGUUAUCUGUUUUGGAACAAAUGCCCCCUAAAGUCUUUAUCAUCCAAUUUUAACCCAGAGAAUCUUGUUGAAAUUGACAUGCAAUGUAGUUGGGUUGAACACCUCUGGAAAGGAACUGAGCGUCUUGGAAAGUUGAAAAUUAUCAAUUUAAAAGGCUCUUAUCGUCUUAAGGAAACGCCGGACUUCGCUAAGGCAAAGAAUCUUGAGAAGCUAAUUCUUGGUGGAUGCACAAGUUUAUAUGAGGUUCACCCAUCCAUUUCUGCCCUUGAAAAACUUGUCCUCUUGGAUCUAAGUUGGUGCGGCGAACUCAAGUCCUUUUCAAGGAACAUUUGUAUGAAAUCUCUUGAAACCUUUGAUCUCUCUUUUUGCUCAAAACUUGAGAAGUUUCCAGAGAUUUCCAAAGUUAUGGAGAAGCUUUCAAAGCUUUAUUUGCAAGGGACUGCAAUGAAAGAACUGCCUCGAUCAAUUAACAACCUUACAGGGCUUGUUACUUUGAAUCUUGAAUAUUGCAGAGAACUUGAGAUUCUUCCAAGUAGCAUUGUUCAACUCAAGUCCCUGCAACUUCUUAAUCUUUCUGGUUGUCCAAAGCUCAAGGCCUUUCCAGAAAAUGUUGGAAAUAUGGAAAGAUUAAGAGAGCUUCGCUUGGAUGAGACUUCUGUUGAAGGCCUUGCCCCAUCAAUUUCAUCUCUUCAAAACCUUGAGAUUUUGAGUCUAAGGCAAUGCAAGAAACUUCAUAGUCUUCCAAGCAACAUUCAUAUGAGAUCUCUUCGAACCCUUAAUCUUUCCAGCUGCUCCAAUCUGUAUAAUUUUGCACAAAUUCCUGAAGUUAUGAACCUAUUAGAGCUUAAUUUAGAUGAGACUGCAAUUUCAGAACUGCCCUCGUCCAUCAAAAACUUUACGGGACUCGUUACCCUAAGCCUGAAGGAUUGCAGAAGAUUAGAGAUUCUUCCAGGCAGCAUUCAUAUGAGAUCUCUUCAAGCCCUGAAUGUUUCUGGCUGCUCAAAUCUGAGGAAUUUUCCAGAGUUUCUAAAAGUUACGGAGAACCUAACAGAGCUUCAUUUAGAUUGGACGCUAGUUGCGGGAGUCUCUCCCGGCCGAGAAAAUUUUAAGUUUUCAGGGAUUGCAAUUGAAGAAUUGCCAUCCAUAAUUUAUAGUCUUACGGGGCUUGCUACCUUGACGCUACGGUAUAGCAAAGACUUUGAGAGUCUUACAAGCAGCAUUUGUCGGCUCAAGUCCCUAAAUUAUCUCUCUCUUUCUGGUUGUACAGAGUUUAAGGUGUUUCCAGACAUAUUAGAAAAUAUGGAAAGAUUAGCCAGCCUUGAUUUGGAUAACACAUCUAUCAGAGAGCUUCCUGCAUCAAUUGAACGGCUUCAGGGGCUAGUGUCGUUAAAUCUGAAAAACUGCAAAAGCCUGGUCUAUCUUCCGAACAGUAUCUGCAAUUUGUUAAGUCUCGAAUGGCUCACUCUCAAUGGGUGCUCAAAACUUUCGAAGUUGCCUGAAGAUUUAUGGUAUUUGAAGCGCCUUGACAUAAAGGGAACUGGUAUACAUGGUUACUGCCCAGAACAGCAAUUCAUCAAUUUGGGGGGUUUGGCUCAGUUUCGAAGCACUGCACCUAAGAUUAAUGCAAUGGUCCCAAACAUUGAGCAAAAUGAGGCGGUGGCUGAUGUUGAAUCCCGCCUCCCCUGGAUGUGGCGCCAUGUGGAAGAGAGGCAGGAUCUAUGCGGAAGUCAAGCUAUGUGGAAGAGAUAUGUGGAAGGGAAGGGGCGCUAUGUGGAAGAGAGGCAGCAGGAUAUUGCGGAAUCAAGCUAUGUGGAAGAGAUGCGGCGUUAUGCGGAAGAAGCGGCAGCGGAAAGGCGCUCUGCGAAAGAAGUGGAAGAGAUGCGGUGGCGCUUUGCGGACGCCGCCGAAACUCUGCGGAAGAGAUGCGCCUCCGCGAAAGAGAUGGAGCGGCUCUCUGCGAAAGAAGCGGAAGAGAUGCGGCAUUUGGAAGAGAAGUGGCAGCGACAUUUGGAAAAGAUCAAACGUUGACGUUUAGGGCUGGGUUUUACCCUAAAAUGCCUGGGUACCUGUUUCUAAGGGGUAAUCCUAUUUAAACUCAUUUGUUUUCAUUUCACCCAUCGAUGUGGGACUGCCAACAAAUUUUUCAUCACAUUUUGACUGAUCCUGAGGAGUCAAGCUAUUUGGAAGAGAUGAUGCAGCGACGUUGACGUUUGGAAGAGGAGGCAGCAAUGUCUGGAGUUCCUUGAGGUAGAGGGAACUGUAGCAUCUCUCUCUUUAAAAACGAUAAUUUCUCAGCACUUAAGGGUAUUUGGAUCAGUGUCAGAGCACUGCACCUUUGAGUGAUAUGGUGGAAUCAAGCUACGGGGAAAAGGAGGAGGUGGCUGUUAAGGCAAUAUUGAGUGAUCUCAAGCAGUCGAGACAUGAGGAAGAGAAGGAGAAGGCGGUGGCAGCCUCAAGGAGAGGUGGAGGGAUAUGGGGUUGUAUCUGUGGGUCACGGGGUGAUGGGGAUUGAGGUAUUUAGCGCAUCAUCACUGAUAUAGUAGCAAGACUAAAGGACCUGCGAGAGGGAAGAAAUGGUGAUUUUGUGUGGUAAGAGUUUGCGACUCCUUCGUGUUUUGAGUUGGUUUCUGCUUCUGAGAGCUCUUUUAUUUAGUUUUUUGCUUUUUGGGGUAUUUCUUGCUUCACCUGCGGUUGGUACGUGGUAAGUAUUUACUUAUCCGUAUGUGUUGUAAAGUUGUUUUUUCUUUCUCUUCGAUCAGGUAAUGUAUUGUUAGUGAUUAAGCCUUGAAUUGGAAAUGGAUGGCUGAGAUUAAACUA